UUGUGAUCGUUUGAGGGAAAAUAUGGAUUAAAACAGCAAAAAUACUGGGGGAAAAAACCACUCCUGUGACAGAAAACUUUUAAUCCGCCAUCUUUUUCUUCUAUUCUUGAGAACUGGAGUGACAUCCACAAAACGCAAGGUGGCGCUGCUGGCUUACUAUAGGGAACAACACUCGCACAAAGGGUAAAGAGGAAACAAAACAGAAAAGCAGAGAAAAGAAAAGCCGGAUAACAGGGGUUGCAGAUCCCUCCUCACAAGAAUUGCUGUGAUUCAGUUCAUUAAGGAUUAGGUUGCUGCCAUUUCCAAGAGCUGCUUGAGACAGAGUCAAAGUAUUUUUGAAAGAAGGCUGGUCAGACGAAGAAUGGUGGCCAGGGGGACGCGUGCUAUGCAGGAAAGGCAAGUCUUAUUUCUUUAUGUAUUUCUGGGAGUGUCCUGGGCUGGCGCGGAACCGCUUCGGUAUUUUGUGGCAGAGGAAACCGAGACAGGUACCUUUUUGACCAAUUUAGCGAAUGACCUGGGCUUGGGGCUGGGGGAACUCGCAACGCGGGGAUCUAGAAUUGUUUCAGACCAGAACAUACCAUUUUUACUGCUCAAUCCGCUUACUGGUGACUUACUUUUAAACGAGAAAUUGGACCGAGAGGAAUUGUGUGGCCCCACAGAGCCCUGUGUGCUGCCUUUUCAGUUGUUACUGGAAAAGCCUUUCCAGAUUUUUCGUGCUGAACUGUGGGUCAGAGACAUCAAUGACCAUUCUCCAGUAUUUCUAGAUAGAGAGAUUCCCUUGAAAAUAUUAGAAAGCACCACACCAGGGACGGCGUUUCUCCUGGAAAGGGCACAAGAUUCAGAUGUUGGAGCCAAUACUCUGAGGAACUACACCGUCAGCCCCAAUGCCUAUUUUCAUAUUAAAGUCCAUGUUAGCGGGGAGGGCACUAUCUAUCCCGAACUGGUCCUGGAUCAGGUGCUGGAUCGCGAGGAGCUACCUGAGCUCAGUUUAACCCUCAUGGCCUUGGAUGGCGGCUCUCCGCCCAGAUCCGGGACCGCGCUGAUACGCGUCGAGGUCUUAGACAUAAAUGACAACGCCCCUGAGUUUGUGCAGUCGCUCUACAAGGCGCAGGUGCCCGAGGACAGCCCCGUUGGCGCCCUAGUUACCUCCGUCUCAGCCAGAGAUUUAGAUGUUGGAAGUAACGGAGAAAUAGUCUAUGCAUUUUUUUAUGCCACGGAAAGUAUCCUCAGGACCUUUGAAAUCAAUUCAACAUCUGGCAACCUUCAUCUUAAAGCGGAACUGAACUAUGAGGCAAUUCAAACCUAUGUAUUAACUAUUCAGGCCAAAGACGGUGGAGGACUUUCUGGAAAGUGCACUGUCGUGGUUGAGGUAACAGAUAUAAAUGAUAACCCACCGGAGCUGCUCAUGUCCUCACUAACGAGCCCCAUCGCAGAAAACUCACCGGAAACAGUCGUUGCUGUUUUUAGAAUUAGAGACAGAGAUUCAGGAAUCAAUGGGAAAAUGGUGUGCUCCAUCCAGGACGAUCUCCCCUUCGUCCUGAAGCCAUCAGUAGAGAAUUUUUAUACUCUAGUAACAGAGAAGGCUUUGGACCGAGAGUGGAAAACUGAGUACAACAUCACCAUCACCGUCACCGACAUGGGGACACCCAGGCUGACCACAGAGCACAGCAUAACCCUGUUGGUCUCCGACGUCAACGACAACGCCCCCGCCUUCACCCAGGCCUCCUACACCCUGCUGGUCCGCGAGAACAACAGCCCCGCCCUGCACAUCGGAACCAUCAGCGCCACAGACGCAGACGCGGGCACCAACGCCCAGGUCACCUACUCGCUGCUGCCGCCCCACGACCCGCAGCUGGCCCUGGCCUCGCUGGUGUCCAUCAACGCCGACAACGGCCAGCUGUUCGCGCUCAGGUCGCUGGACUACGAGGCCCUGCGCGCCUUCGAGUUCGGCGUGCGCGCGGCAGACCGCGGCUCGCCCGCGCUCAGCAGCCAGGCGCUGGUGCGCGUGCUGGUGCUGGACGCCAACGACAACGCGCCCUUCGUGCUCUACCCGCUGCAGAACGGCUCUGCCGGUGUGCGGCGGCGGCUGAGGCACAAUGGGGAUCCGCCGCUGUCGGCCAGCGUCACGCUGCACGUGCUGCUGGUGGACGGCUUCUCCCAGCCCUACCUGGCGCUGCCCGAGGCCGCCCCGGCGCAGGCGCAGGCCGACUCGCUCACCGUCUACCUGGUCAUCGCGCUGGCGGCGGUGUCGUCGCUCUUCCUGCUGUGUGUGCUGCUGUUCGUGGGGGCGCGGCUGUGCAGGAGGGCCAGGGCGGCCUCGCUGGGGGGCUGCUCGGUGCCCGAGGGCCCCUUCCCGGGCCACCUGCUGGACGUCAGCGGCACUGGGACCCUGUCACACAGUUACCAGUAUGAGGUGUGUCUGACUGGAGGCUCAGGAACCACCAAGGAGUUCAAGUUUCUGAAACCAAUUAUCCCCAGCUUCAUACCCCAGAACAUCCGGAGGGAGGUAGAAGAAAAUUCAUCAUUUGAGAAUAAUUUGGGUUUCUGAUAAAUAAUGAAAAAUCUCUGUAUGUGUAGAUAUAUUCCUAAUUAGAAUUUUUUCUUGAAACAGUUGUAGAGGAUGUUCUUUUAAUUAUUUUAAAUAGUCUUAAAGGCAGAGAAUAAAUUUCUUUACACAAAAAGUACAGGACUUAGCUGUGUAGCUGCAAGGACCGUCCACAAAGCAUGAAAUGUCUAUGCGUCAUGGGUCACCUGCAGCAGUCACGCUUACUGUGUUAUUAUUGCAUGAUAAACCUUGCCUGCAAUGUUUAAAGAGCUUUUUCUUGUCUUCAAUCUUUAUUGCUGGUUUCAUUUUCUGUGUUGAUUAUAAUGCUGUACCUGCAUAGCAACCCUAAAUUUGAAAAACACAGGUUGUAGGGUAUCUUUUUAAGUAUUUUAACAAAGUACUUGCUAUGCAUCAUACACUAUUUUAACACUUUUAAUCUCAGCAGUGUUGGUGCAGGGAUUUUAGUAAUGAUCCAAUAGAGAGUCAUAAAGAUUCAAUAAGUUCACUAAGACCACCAAGUAAAAGGUGAGAGUUGAACAUUCCCUGAGAUCUGUCUGACUCUGGGUCAGGGAAAUUGUUCUGAUGCUACGCUGGUUUCUGUCAUCCGGCAUUACCUAUCAAGUUUCUUCUCCUCUAGUAUUCAUUCACCCAUUCUGUGUCUUCUUUUUCUUUGAGAGAUUUUUGCUUAAGGGUGCCUGCAC